AUGGGGGACAACCCCAAAAGGCCGUGGCCUCAAAAAGUGUUUGAUCUAGACGAAAGGUCUAGAAAGCGACAGGCCACACCAGACAUUGUGUCUCAAAAUGAUGGUAGCGGGGCAAUCCACAGAGCGAUACAGCCUAACGUUCGAUCGGAGUUGCAUGGUACCGGGAUUCAACACUCGGGCUCUGGUAAUUUCAGCGCUCGCGAUAUCUACUUUGGAGCAACAUCCAACGGCGAUUGCGAUUUCUUACAGGCCUUAUACAUCACCGAUCCGCGCGACGACAAGUCACGUAUCGAGCGUGUGAAAGGCGGCCUCCUCCGAGAUUCAUAUCGUUGGAUUCUCGAGCACGAUGACUUCCGCCAAUGGCGUGACGGCGGACAGAGCCGUCUGCUCUGGAUCAAGGGUGAUCCCGGCAAAGGCAAGACGAUGCUGCUCUGUGGUAUUAUUGACGAGCUGGAGAAGUCAUCCAGAACAAUGCUAUCCUAUUUCUUCUGUCAGGCUACGGAUGUACGGCUGAACAAUGCGACGGCUGUACUUCGCGGCCUCAUCUAUCAGAUCCUCAUUCAAGAGCCAUCCCGUAUCGGGCGCGUGCGGGAAAAGUACGAUCACGCCGGGAAGAAACUGGUUGAAGACGCAAACAGCUGGGACGCCUUAUCCAAGAUGCUUUUUAGCAUCUUGGAGGACCCAAGUCUGCGAGACACCUACUUAGUUAUCGACGCACUUGACGAGUGUGAGACCAACCUUGACCAACUCCUACACCUGAUCGUCAAAAUAUCCUCAUCCUCAUCAUCGCGCGCGAAGCUGCUUAUAUCUAGCCGCAAUAUUUAUCAUAUCGAAAAUAAAAUACAGCCGACCGAGACUCAGAAACUACUAGUCCUAGAGCUAAAGGAAAAUGCACACCAUAUAUCUUGGGCUGUGAACACGUACAUUGCGCAGUGCGUUUCAGAGUUAGCACAGUUACAAAGAGACGUAGUCCUCCAAGAGCAAGUAAGACAGAAAAUGCAGGUAAAAGCCGACGGGACUUUCCUCUGGGUGGCAUUAGUGAUCCAAGAGCUUCGUAAAGCGCAGAGCUGGGAUAUUCUAGAAACAAUAGACGACAUUCCGGCUGGGUUGGAGGAGCUAUAUGGACGGAUGAUACGCCAAAUUCAACAACUACGGCGGAGAAGUGCCGAUUUCUGCCGCAAAAUUCUCUCAACAGUCACUACUACCUAUCGCCCUCUUCAUCUACAGGAAUUACAAGCCCUUGCCGACCUACCGGUAGAUAUAUCACAUCUACAACAUAUCGCUACAAUUGUAGCUUUAUGCGGGUCAUUUCUUACAAUACGAGACAGUAUUGUUUACCUUGUUCACCAGUCAGCUAAAGACUUCUUAAUGCUAGAUAGGUAUCUCUUUCCAUCUGGCUCAGCAGCAAGGCACAAUGAUAUUGUCUUACAAUCGAUCCAAGUCAUGUCGAGAAUACUCAAACGCGACGUAUAUGACCUUCGCGCGCCGGGAUACCCUAUCGACGAAGUUGAGCCGCCCGAUCCUGAUCCACUAGCGCCAGCCCGGUAUUCCCUCGUCUACUGGAUCUACCACCUGUCGGACGGGAAUCCUGCCGGGCAGGGGCAUAACUAUCUCCAAGAUAGCGGUCCGGUUCAUACAUUCUUAGAGCAGCACUACCUUCACUGGCUAGAGGCGCUAAGUCUUGUUGGGAGUAUGUCAGAGGGUAUCCUUCAAAUGGCUAAGCUGGCAUGCCUGGUCCAGGCCUCAGGGGAGGCAUUGGUAUUUAGGAAUUUAACUCAGGACGCAUUACGGUUUAUUCGAACUAAUAAAGUAGGUAUUGAGAGCAGCCCUCUUCAGGUAUAUACUUCAGCACUUAUAUUUUGCCCAAAACGUAGCUUUGUUUGGAGUUUGUUUAGACAUCUGGAACCUCAAUGGGUAACUAUAAAGCCUUCUGUAGAAAAUAACUGGAAUGCAUGCCAGCAGACAUUGGAGGGCCAUGACAGCACUGUCACCUCGGUGGCUUUCUCGGGAGAUGGCACGCAGCUGGCGUCAGCGUCGGAUGAUAAUACCAUUAAGGUAUGGGACAGCACCACGGGCCGGUGUCUUCAGACGCUUGAGGGCCAUAAAGACACCGUCCGGUCGGUAGCCUUCUCGAGCGCUAGCACGAAGCUGGUAUCAAGGUCCCGUGAUCGCACCGUUAAGAUCUGGGAUAGCGCCACAGGCCAGUGUCUCCAAACGUUUGGGUUCCAUGGCGACGACGUCUGCUCAGUCGCCUGCUCGGGCGAUGGCACAAAGCUAGGGUCAGCGCUGGAGGAUAACACUAUCAAUAUCUGGGAUAGCACCACAAGCCAGUGUCCCUGGGUGCUUAUAGGCCAUAGCGAUAUCGUCUGGUUGAUGGUCUUCUCAGUUGAUAGCACACGGCUGGCAUCAGUGUCAGCUGACAACACUAUUAAGGUCUGGGAUACCACCACAGGCCAGCAUCUUCAAACAAUUAAGGGACAUAAGGGCACUGUCGCCUCCAUAGCUUUCUCAGAUGAUAGCAUACAGCUGGCAUCGGCGUCAUGGGACCAAACCGUCAAGGUCUGGGACAGCUCGACAGGGCAGUGUCUCCAAACACUUGAGGGCCAUGGCGACGCCGUCCGGUCGGUGGCGUUCUCGAGCGAUAGCACGAAGCUAGCAUCAGGGUCCCAUGAUCGCACUAUUAAGAUCUGGGAUAGCGCCACAGGCCAGUGUCUCCAAACGCUCCAGGUCCAUAGCAUGGUCAGGUCGGUGACCUUCUCAAGGAAUAACACGCAGCUAGCAUCAGGAUCAGGUGACUGCACUAUCAGGAUCUGGGACAUCGUUCCAAGAGAAAUUUCAUACGCGCCUGAAAGUUAUUACAGCCGCGUUGAGUCGGUGGUCUUCUCAGACAAAGGCACGCAGUUAACGUCAGUAUCGGACGAUCGUAAUAUCCAGAUCUGGGGCAGGCCCAACGACCGAUAUCUCCAGACGCCGGAAGGGCAUAGCAGCUUUGUCACUUCAGUGGCCUUCUCGAACGAUAACACGAAGCUAGCUUCAGGGUCGGGCGACCAUACUAUCAAGAUCUGGGAUGGUGCCACAGGCCAGUGUCUCCAAACGCUUGAGGGCCAUAUGAACUCUGUUACUUCGGUAACCUUCUCGGGAGACAGCUCGCGGCUGGCAUCAGGGUCGAAUGAUAAUACCGUUAAGAUCUGGGAUGGUACGACAGGCCAGUGUCUCCAAACACUUGAGGGCCAUAGCCACUCCGUCUGUUCGGUGGCCUUCUCAGUCGAUGACACGAAGCUAGCUUCAGGGUCGGAUGAUAAUACCGUUAAGAUCUGGGAUGGUACCACAGGCCAGUGUCUCCAAACGCUUGAGGGCCAUAUGAACUCUGUUAUUUCGGUAACCUUCUCGGGAGACAGCUCGCGGCUGGCAUCCGGGUCGGAUGAUAAUACCGUUAAGAUCUGGUAUAGCGAGACAGGGCAGUGUCUCCAAACGCUUGAGGGCCAUGACGGCGACGUCGACUCAGUCGCUUUCUCGAGCGAAGGUACGCAGCUGGCAUCGGCGUCAUCUGAUCAAACCGUUAAGAUCUGGUAUAGCGCAACAGGGCAGUGUCUCCGGACAUUCGACAUGUUCCGCACGCUUUAUAGUCUUCGUUUUUCAGAAACCAACGAAAUACUUCACACGGAUAUAGGCUCUAUCGACCUUAAAAACACAUUUGCUAUUAGUACGACAGCAUCAGUUACAGGGAUUACUAUGACUGAAUGCCCUCGGUUUUGUGGCUAUGCAAUCAGUGCUGACGGCACGUGGAUUACUAGAGACUCUGAGAAUCUCCUAUGGCUGCCGCCAGUGUACCGAUCGAGGCGCUCGGCCGUCGCCGGAUCUACGCUGGUCACUGGCUGUGCUUCGGGUCAUGUUCAGUUCUUUUGGUUUGCGGAGGGUGACCUAGGUCUUUAA